AUGAACAAACUUCUCUUGAAGAUCAAUGCACCCGCUCUUCUCUCUCAAGCAAACCAGCUACGCGGUGGAGUUACUUGCUCCAUUCCUCGUAGCUUGAAGUAUGACCCUGAAACCAGAGACAAGGUCAUGGGGGGUAUGAACUACCACCUUGAAAUCCAGUUCGGCGAUGGAGUCAUCUGGCUCGUGCGAAUCCGAAGAUCAAACGCUGCAUCUCCACCUGCAGAACUGCAGAGCUACAUUCUGCAGAGCGAAGUUGCGACUCUGCAGUUUCUGAGCAAUAUCAACAUACCAACUCCUCAGGUAUAUUACUAUGAAACAGAUGAGCAUAACCCCGUCGGUGUUCCAUAUAUCCUUAUGGAGAAAAUGCCCGGUACAAACGUGGGAAGUUCUCUGUCCAUGACGUGGUCUCCUGAGAAUAGACGAAAAGUCCUAAGUCAGCUUGCGGACAUUUAUAUUAAGCUUCUCAAACACCCGGUUGACAAAAUGGGCUCAUUUGAUGACCCAGGCUCCAAAAAUGUUGGUCCCUUUGCUGUUGAAUCCCUUACAGAUCGACGAGGAAAGGAGAUGAAGAGAACGAGCCCUUGUUCUUCUAUACAAGAGUAUUACAAAUCAGGUAUCAAUCUCACACUGGAUUUGAUUCUGCGACAGGAGAUAUACACAUCUCGACCCGUCGAUGCGUACUUGAUCCAUCGCUAUCUCCUGGAUACCGUAGCAAGAGUCUUCUCGUUUAAUGACCUUGACGACGGGAACUUUUAUCUCAGACAUGCGGAUGAUAAGGGUGAUCAUAUUCUUGUUGAUGAAGACUUCAACAUCACUGGAAUCAUCGAUUGGGAAUGGGCGUAUACAGCGCCGAAGUCAAUCGCGUUUAAUUCGCCCAUUGCUCUUCUUCCAGUGCGCGAGUUCUAUGAUGGGAUCAACCGACUCGGCGAUGAUGAGUUGAUCUUCGCGCAACUGAUGGAAGAGAAAGGACACCCCGACCUGGGUGAAAUUACACGAACUGGACGUCUACUUCAUCGAUUUGAUUUUUGCUGCGGCUAUGAUAUCUCGGAUUGGGAUGGAUUCUUGGGUCUUUUCUUUGGUCUCGUAAACGGGUUGAGUGAGGAUUUGACAAGAAAAUUCGGUGAUGAUCAGCACCUAAACUGGGAGAUCUGGAAGACAGAGGCGAUGGAGAAAUACUGGCGAGAUGAACGGCUUCAGAAACUCAUUGAGGCAACGAACUUCUUUUAA